AUGGACCUCACUCCUAGGUCUCAUGCGAUACACUCUCUGCACUUCUAUACAUCUGCCUGUCAUCCCAUAGCUGUCAAUGCCUCCUCUCCUUACCCUACUCCUCCCCAAAGCUGUGCGCAAAAGGAAGUCCUCUCAGCCGAUUCGCCUGCGACUGCUGGGCUUGGUAUUUUCAGUCCCUCGCAAAUAUUUAUGUGCUCACCGUCUCAGUCGCUUCUACAACCGCCUCAAGUAUGGCAACGUGAAUGUGGCUCAAGUCACGCUUUUUCUCCCAUGGGAGCGAUAUCAGACCUUCUUCCAUUUGAAGAGGCUCAAUCGAUUGUACAUGGUACACAACUUCAUUCGGCUACCUCAAUGCUAUACUCGAGUCCCGCACAUCGUGAAUUGGUGGGCAACGCAAUGAUGCAGCGAUUUGUGGCCUCAUAUCAUAGUGGUCUUCACUAUCAGCCAGUUCCAGUUUCGAGACAGGGAACAGAGUUUUCCAUGUCUCAGCAGCAUCAGCAGCACCAGCAGAUGGGCUGUACCAUACCUUGGAACUUAGGCCGUGAUUCUAAUGCUAUACUUUAUGAACUCGAAGGCAGCGCAGAGAACACAAACGUGGAGAAUCACAACAGCGAAAGACUCAUGAUAAAUAAUAGGAUUCUUAAAAUCCCUCUAGGAUCUUCGCGCUCACAUGUGGCAGUCUCUCAUGGCGACGCAGGUAAAGUUCAGUCUAGUGGUAUCAGGAAACAAGCAAGGAGAAAUCCAUACGGAACGGCUGGGAAAUAUACAUGUGAGAAAUGUGGAAUGAAAUUCACCAGGAAUUCGAACUGCAAAUCGCACAUGAAAAUCCAUGAUCCGAAUCGAAAGUUCCCUUACAAAUGUGCUGCUCCCCAGUGCACGCAAAAAUUUACUCGGAAAACUGACCUUGAAAGACAUGUCGAUAGUGUGCAUAGAAAACUAAGACAGCAUGGUUGUGAUCAAUGUGGCCACUACUUUGCUCGUCAGGACACACUUAAAAGACAUCGCGAGGAUGGGUGCAGAAGAGAGCUUCGUCAAGCUCAACGCCAAACUGCGGAUCUUACAGUUGUGGUUGAUCUUAUCGAACCCCCUCCUGUCCCAUACGGCGAUCCCAUAUCUACAUAUCCCGAAACAGAUGACCAAAAGUUAAAUACCUCGUACCUUUCGCCAUACCUCGAUGAUACGGCCAAUGCAUAUCCACAAUAUUUGUGA